AAGAGCAUCCUGGAUGAACCAGACUCUCCUCUAGAGGUGAGCCACUUGACAUAUUGAUCUUCACAUUGUAUUAUGUAAGUGCUUUUUCAUUGGUCUUAUCAACGAGUGGAUGCCGUUUGGUCUCAUAUGUGUCCAUUAACUCAUUAGCAUUUGGAUAACAACUACUCGACAUUUCAUGUGACUGGAGGCUAAAUGUCCUUUUUGAAUUGCUGAUUAAUUCAUUAUGGAGCUCAGUGUUGAAUUUAAAUGCGAGUAUUAAUGUCAUCGAUCACCAGAAUUGUUUUAGAUAUGGUUUUAGAUAUUCAAGGCUGUAUAGCAAUUAGUCAAAUGCAGAUCCAGGUAUUAUAAUGUUGCCGUUGUAAUUAUUUUACACCAGAUUUAUUGUCAAGUUAUUUGAUUCUUCCAUUGUUCAUGAUAUUCGUGCUUUGGACAGUAAGCGACGCUGUUGGUCAGUGAAACAAGUGUUCAGAAUUGAUUCCGCGGAGGCAGAGCCCUCAUUUUCCCGUUUAGACAGGGGAGGAGACAAUCUGUGUUUAACAAGCAGGACUACGACCACAAUUUCAUUCGAAGCGAGGACUUUGAAACCAAAGGAUUACUUGAUUCAACUGGCUUUGUUUUCUCUGGAUUGUAUACAGCAGGUGUUUGCUGUCACAUAUUAUUAUUUGUGUAAUGGCGUUUGGAAAAUCUCCUUUCGAAAAAGGGCGUUUGAAUUGCAGGUCAGUGUGGCCGUUUCUGCUGUUCUUUUGGUGUCUCAGUCACAUCGUGUCCGGCCAAAUCAGAUAUACAAUUCCAGAGGAACUGAAAAAGGGGUCAGUUAUCGGUAACGUGGCUCAAGACCUUGGUUUGGAUGUGCAAAGGCUUCGUUCUGGCCGUGCCCGUAUCGUGACAAGACAAAGCAUCCAGUACACCGAGCUGAAAACAGACAAAGGCGUUUUAGUCGUGAACGAGAGAAUAGACCGAGAGCAGCUUUGUGGAGACGUAACACCGUGCAGCUUCAGCUUUGAGGUGAUUUUAGAAAAUCCCAUGGAAUUACAUCGUGUAACAGUGGAAAUAAUUGACAUAAAUGACAAUUCUCCGACAUUUAGGAAUAACGAAAUUAAAUUGGAAAUAAGUGAAUCUGCCACACUGAGAUCACGCUUUUUGUUAGCCAGUGCUGAAGACGCAGAUGUAGGCAGUAACGGUCUACAAAAAUACAUACUAACUACGAAUGACAUAUUUGUUUUGAAGCAGCACUCAAGUCCAGAUGGUCGAAAAUAUGCCGAGAUGAUCUUACAAAAACCGUUAGAUAGAGAAAGCGAGCCACGAAUAUCAUUGAAGCUCAUCGCUGUUGACGGUGGAACUCCCCCUCGAUCUGGUACAGUAAAUAUAGAUAUUAUUGUGCUUGAUGCUAAUGAUAAUCCUCCCAUUUUUAACCAGUCUCUCUACAGGGCUACUGUCUUUGAAAAGGCAUUAAAGGGCACAUAUAUCACGACAGUGAAUGCAAGUGAUGCAGACAGUGGAUCACAUGGUCUUAUCACAUAUAGAUUUUCAAACAUGAAAGAGCAGCUGGCUGACGUAUUUCAUUUGGACGAUAUUACGGGAACCAUAACACUUUUAGGGCAAGUGGAUUAUGAAAAAGAUAAGAAAUAUGAAAUAAUGAUUGAAGCGAUGGACCAAGGAGGUCUGACCGAUUCAAGUAAGGUGUUAAUUGAGAUUGUAGACGUCAACGACAAUGCGCCUGUCAUAAAUGUGAUGUCAUUCUCCAGCCCGGUGCCGGAGGAUUCUCCCUCGGGUACCACAGUGGCAAUUAUUAAUGUGAUUGACGCAGACUCAGAGCAAAAUGGCCAAAUUGUUUGUUCAACAGACAGUAGCAUCCCAUUUAAAAUAAAAUCAACAUUAACUAAUUACUAUGCAUUAGUAACAGACUCAGCUUUUGAUAGAGAAAUUGUACCGGAAUAUAACAUAACUAUCAGGGCAACCGAUUCUGGCUCGCCGUCAUUGUCAAGCACAACAACAUUACGUUUGAGAAUAUCUGAUGUGAAUGACAAUGCCCCAGUAUUUGAUCAAAUUAGCUACGUUGCUCACGUUCCAGAAAACAAUUCCCCUGGGGAGUCCAUAUUUUCCGUCAAAGCACUGGACGGUGACUGGAAUCAAAACGCUAGAAUAUCUUACUUUCUCGAAGAAACACAGAUCAAUGGCAGUCCGACCUCUUCUUACGUCUCCAUAAAUACUGCAACUGGAGCUAUCCAUGCAGUGAGGUCGUUUGAUUAUGAACAGAUUAAACAACUCCAGCUGGUAGUAAAGGCACAGGAUGGAGGCUCCCCUCCACUCAGUAGCAAUGUGACUGUGAAUGUAAUGAUCCAGGACCAGAACGACAACCCCCCUCAGGUUCUGUACCCAGUCCAGACU